ACCCGGACAAGAAACGGGUUUCAUAAUACCCGGCCACAUUAGAUUCUGCAAUUCCGCCGUUCUUCCAUAUUCAUCUUCAGCAUAACUUCUAUAAACCCUAGAGCUUCCUUCGCCAUGGAGGCUCACAAACGUGUCGAAGAAGACGAAGCUAGUGAAGAAAAGGGAGGGAGAGCAAGAAUGGAAGCCAAGAAGCAGUCCAACAAACCCCAUUUCGUACCGGCAAAGGACGACACCAAGCCUCUUCUACAAGACCCGAUAUCGAGGUCAGACCCGAUUGAGGCCGAGGAAGCUGUUCUCGUAUUGCCUCCUUUUCCGGUUAUCAACUAACUCUUCAAACUCUUUGGCCAUUCAUCUCUCUUAAUAUAUCACAUAAUCUAAUCUGUUUACAGUCAAUCCCACAAAUGUGUAUAUUUUGUGCAUUUUGUGUUUGAGCCGGUGGUCUCUUGGAAACGGGUCUUCUACUUCCAAGUAGAGGUGAGGUGUGUGCACGCACAUCCUUCCCGGAUCUUAUUUUUUGUGUGUAGUUUUAUGGAGUUUGUUGUUGUUUUGGUCGAAUACGGUGUCGAGUCAAAGUUUUUUUGGAAGGAAAUUGUCUGCAAUUUCCAUGUUUUAGAAUGUGUGAAUCAAGAUGUUUUUAUAUU